UGGAAGAUGCCGUAGACACUGUGGAAGAUAUAUACAAGAUUAUAACCAAAUGGCAGAAGAAAGUUUUAAAUUUUUAUAAUAAAAACUUUACAAAGCAAAAGUUCUUUUCCUUUUCAGAACUUUUCAUUAAUGCCAUAGAAUGUGAUAACGGUGGCGCAAUAAAAAAUAAAGGAACAUUCGAUAGGUUACAAAUAGUAAUGAGAAGGACAGGAGAUAUAACUAUCGAUAAAGUAGACGCAAUGAUUAAGUAUAAACAAGCAAGGAACAGGGAUGCUUAUAAGUCAAUUUGGAAUCCUUUUAAAUCAAAUUGGAAGCAUAAUCAAGUAAUUGAGCAUAUUUCGAUUGCAAAUCAUCGCUGA